AUGCCUUUAAAAACUGUUGUAUACUGUGAUAUUUGUACUUUCCCACCUGAAUAUUGUGAAUUCAGUGGCAAAAUUAAAAGAUGUAAAGUUUGGUUACAGGAAAAUCAUCCAGAUUUAUAUACUAAGUUGUAUGGAGAAGAAGGUAGUGCUGGCACCUCUACAGCCACAACGGAAAACAAACUAGAAAAAAGUUUAAGAAAACUAGAGAUAAAACAAGAGAAUAGAGAUCAAAGGGAAUUAGCUAAAAAAAUGGGUAGCAAGGUGGUGAUUAAAAGGCUAGAAAGAACUAAGAGAAAAUGUGUUGUUGCAAUUAGUGGGUUGGAAGUGUUUGAGAUUGAUAUGAAAAAAUUAUCUAAAACAUUUGCGUCUAAAUUUGCUACUGGAUGUUCUGUUUCUAAAAGUGCUGUAACGGGCGAUGAGAUAAUUGUUCAAGGCGAUGUUGCCGAUGAAGCUGAACAAUAUAUCAAAACAUUAUUGAGCGAAAAAGGUUUAACCUCUAUCAAAGUUGAAAGAGUAGACGACAAAAUGAAAAAGAAGGUUAAAACUUGA